AUGUCUUGCUAUGUUACUGCAUUUGAUUUCUACAAACUCAGUAUGCAGUGGCCACCAUCUUUUUGUAUAUUUUCCACUGAAAAAUGCAGCCCGAGUUCGAUUCAUGAUACGAAUUUUCGUGUCCAUGGGUUGUGGCCCUCAAAUAUUAAUGGAGAACAACCGCGAGCGUGCAUUGCCCCUGGAAAAAAUAAACCAGCGCCUAUGUUACCAGAGAAUGCUAUUCCCAAAAAUCUCAAGGCUGGUCUAGAUUUGUUUUGGCCGAAUUUAUAUUUACAUGGAGGUAACUAUAACUUUUGGAGUGUUGAAUGGACUGCACAUGGCACAUGCUCACAUUAUCCAAAUAUUCCUUUGCAAUAUCUCAACCUUGCUAAUUUUACGUAUAUUUGA